AAAGUUUCCAAGUCCAUUCCGGGAGCGGGAGCCCAUCUUGCUCGCUGCCGAGGCCCUCACUGGAGAAGGAGGGUCAGAGCUCUGGUGCAGCCAAUCGCGGGCAACGCUGCUAGUUAUCAGAGCAGAAUGGGCUGUAGUUUAGUAAAAUAGGAAAGCUGCAAAACACUGUGGAGUGCUCCGGUGUAAAUAAAAAGAGGAAAAAAAAGUUUCUCAAGUCGCCGCUGCACGACGUCGGGCAGGCACCGAGGCGGGGGUCUGCGCUCUCUCGAGCGGCCACGCGCUGGACUUUAUUGUGCCGCAACAAGCCCCGGUUCCCAUUGUUUGUUUUUUCCUCAAAAUAUGGCAAAGGUUCAGGUGAACAAUGUAGUGGUGCUGGAUAACCCUUCUCCCUUCUACAACCCGUUCCAGUUCGAGAUCACCUUCGAGUGCAUCGAGGACCUGUCUGAAGACUUGGAGUGGAAGAUUAUCUAUGUGGGCUCUGCAGAAAGUGAAGAAUAUGAUCAAGUUUUAGACUCCGUUUUAGUGGGCCCUGUUCCUGCAGGAAGACACAUGUUUGUAUUUCAGGCUGAUGCACCUAAUCCAGGACUCAUUCCAGAUGCAGAUGCAGUAGGUGUAACAGUUGUGCUAAUUACCUGUACCUAUCGAGGUCAAGAAUUUAUUAGAGUUGGCUAUUAUGUAAAUAAUGAAUAUACUGAAACAGAAUUAAGAGAAAACCCACCAGUAAAACCAGACUUUUCUAAGCUUCAAAGGAAUAUUUUGGCAUCUAAUCCCAGGGUCACAAGAUUCCACAUUAAUUGGGAAGAUAACACAGAAAAACUGGAAGAUGCAGAGAGCAGUAAUCCAAAUCUACAGUCACUUCUUUCAACAGAUGCAUUACCUUCAGCUUCAAAGGGAUGGUCCACAUCAGAAAACUCACUAAAUGUUAUGUUAGAAUCCCACAUGGACUGCAUGUGACCACCUGCCAUCCCUUUAGUAAAAAUUAAGCUAUUAAAAACACACAGAACUAUUACCCUGAAACUCCGUAAGUACAGUCAAGACACAAUGUGAAGAAUUUGUUUAAAAACAUCCUGUAGAAAGUUUAUAAAAAAAACAAGUAUUUGAACAAAUUGUGGAAUAUAAAUACAACUAUUUUUAAGUAAUUUUUUUCUCUAAUGUGUUAUUUUAUUUGUCCUGAAACUAAUCUGAUUAAAGCAUAUAUAUUAUUUUCCUCUCCUUUACAUGUAAUUAAAGCACUUACACAGAAAAAUAUUAAUCAUUGGACCAGGUUAGCCUCUUGGACAGUAAUCUUUGGAUCACUAUUUUAAUGGUCUUUGAAAGAACAAAGUUCACUUCAAUUAAAAUGUUUCUUCCUUUGAAGACAUUUAAGGGGCAAAUUUGUAUUUUUUUGUUCUUUUUUUUUUUUGGCAUAUCCUUUAAACGGGGAUCUGAAAUUAACUGUAUUCUACCAAGAACGUUAGAAUUUGAUUUUCUAGGUCACUCUAAAGCCUCUCAUGGCUACUAUUACAGUUUACAUAAUGUUGGACAACAUUUGACUUGUUUCCUAAGAUAAUAACAAAUGUGGCUAAUUCUUUUAUAAGGCACCCUGGCUAUGAUUUUUUGUUGUUGUUUUUAUAACAGAAUUUAGGAUAUCAGAGCACUUCUUGACUCAUACAUUGUUAUUACCCAGUGAAUUCAAGACCAAAUAUCUUUUCAAGAGCCAAUACAGAUCCUCUAAGAACAGGAGAUUAUAAUGGCUUAGCUUUGAUUGUUAGAUUUAUAAAAACAGCAAAUACUAUAAACUUUUAGUAUCAAAUGAUUUUUAUCAUUUGAUAUUGGCAGUCUCUAUAUAAACACAGUGGAUUUAGAAGGGUAUAUUUAGCUUUAUCAUAAUAGAUAAAUUACUAUUUUAGAAAUAUAUAUUUUCACAUCUGUACUACUCCCCAUUUUCUCUCACAUUUAUGAAGAAUGAGAUUAGGCAUAUUUAUGGUUAACAUUCUAGAUAGCUUUUCCAUUAAGUUUUUGAAAAGCAAUCUUGGACAGGGAUUCAUUAACUAGAUGAGCUAAAAGGUUCUUUUUGAGAGGUAGGUCCUUCUCAAAAAGUUUCUUAUGCUCCAUUAAAUUUGGGGUGAAUAUUUUCGCUGUUCUUGCUGCUCAGCAAGACAGCCAUAUAAAGCAGGUUAUGCAGUGCCUUCAUGUCUAAAAUUUUUAUACUGUACUUUUUAAAGCUUUUAUGUUGAGGAAAGAAAAGGUCAUUUAUCUAAAUACAGAUUCUAAAUUGUAUAUAUGUCCUAUCAUCCUACAAAAGUAAAUUUAUGAAGCAAAGUUUUGCCAAAUGUUAAAUUUUCAAAUUUAACACACCAGAUUAAAAUAUUAUCCAUUAGCACAGAUUUUAAAAGUAAAAUACUUAUGUUAAACUAUAUGAAGAAAAUCUCGUUUUUGUCUAAUUGAAAUUAAAAGAAAAUGUUAAAAUACUAAAAUGAAAAUAAAAGCAUUACUUUC